AUGAGAUCGAAUUAUUAUUCAACUCAUAGUGUGGUUACCUUUAUAAGAGCAUUUAAUGUUCAAGGAACACCUUCAUUAUGCAAAUUUACAGCAAUUGUCGAUGAUUUUUAUGAUUUAUAUGUUAAUGAUAUUUUUAUUGCAAGUAACACAUGGAAUGACAGAAUGGAAUAUGAUGUCACAUCUUAUAUUGUCACUGGUGCAAAUAAGUUCAAGGUUGUUGCAGCAAAUACUGGUGGGCCUGGAUGAUUGCCGUUUUCAGCUGAUAUUGAAUAUUGAUCUGGAAAACAAUAA